AAACGCCCUCUACCAUUUUAACCCUUCAAUUUCAUUCUCUCCUUCUCCAUAUUGUGCCGUUUUACUGUGUUGCAAUCAGAGCUUUUCACACGAAACAAACCGAUAAGGAUUUUGACCAAACAAACCUGCUUGUUCAAUUUUUUACCGGUUACCAGUCGAUAGUCCCACAACCACUAAGUCUUCAUUUUCCGGUCAGCCAUCACCUCUUUCAACCUCGUCUUUGUGGUCGACCCGCCUUUAUAUUCUGCGCUUUCUUCGAAUCAACUUCUCCGACAAGCACUCCGUUGACGAUGGAAAAAGACGCAUCCUAGGGGCACCGUUACCCCGAACAUAUGUAGCCCAUGCCAUGUCAACCGUGCAUCUUAGUACCUGCAACUGACCUAGCCUGUGGUGCGUAAGUCCGCAAAAUGGGACACUUCGAAGUACAAAGUCUUCAUCGCCACCAGUGAAAUUGUCAUUACCGAAUGCCCUGACAAGGCAAAUGCUUUUCAACAAUGGGAUGAAAACAUAUAGCAAAAAUGUUCAACAGCUCAGCGGGAAAGAACUGGAAUAUAUUGCAAAUGAAGAACUAUUGGAAUACUUGCAAAUGGCUCACAAGCACCUUUUCGAGCUACUGCAAUGCACUAGAAUUGAGUACCCAUAGAAUCCACGCUCCUGAAUAUUGGUGGGAAGAAAAAAUUAAGGCACCUGAGAACCCAAAAUAUGCAAAGUACAUGAAUCUUGACUGUAGCGAGAUAUAUGACACGUACGAAAAAUUGUUUGACGAUACUGGCAACUCAAUGAAGUAUGCAUUGUCCCCAUCGAAGCUAUCUCAACGUGGUUUUGACUUGGGCACUGAAAGACGGGACGAAGGCGACGAGUUACCAAUCAACGCGAAGACAACCGAUUCCAGUUGUUGCCCUGUUCGGGAAUCUUGGGAUCUAUGCUUACUUGAUGAUAGAGCUAACUCGUCCAUGAAUAUUUUUGGCAAACACGGUGGGGAAAAAAGGAAACGCAGCCAUAGUAAAGGGAAAGGACAUAGGAAAAAGUACAGUGUCCAUGAGGUUUUUGCUUCUCUUGAGCAAAUGGUCAGUGUUGGAAAUCUAGCUUCAAUUGCGAUAUCACAUUGUAUGUGAGGAAGGUUGGUAGGCAAGUGUGUCGACGAACUUCUGUCGUCUGUGGCGGAGGGUGAUGAGCUCCACCUGUUCGCCCCGUGGUUCCUCCAAGAUAAAGAAAAUUGAAACUCUUAUUAUACUACUAAGAUACUGUAUUGCGUUUCAAGUUUGGAGAGUACUGUUUCGACAGGGAUAAUAAGGCAUUUCUGAGUAAGGGCUGAGCGUUUUCCAUUUCGGACGUGGACAAUGUGAUUUCAUUUUUCGUUGUAAUUGUAAUUUUUCUAGUUUAUUGGCCAUUUAUAUGAAUAUUGUUGUAUCAUGUUUCGGUGUUAGAUAUACAACUUACUUUGAAUCUUCCGUUUAAUGUGUACUUAUAGUAAUUUGCAUU